CAGGGAUCCGAUUUCUUUUGUUCUUCUGGCGUUUUCCUGCAGCCCCUUCAGAAAUCAGUUGAAGUCAUGACAGCAUGACGGAACUAGUCCUGCACAUCUGGAAUGACUUCAGUUAUGGUUCGUUUAAAAUGUAAAACUUCACGGAGCUGCAGCUGAGGUUUCAUCCCAAGUUCAUCUGGAUUCUCCUGGCGCGAUGGAUACAUGUGAGCCGGCUGUGCUGAAGCUUCUCGUUGUUGGCGUUUUGGUCAAUGCCUUGAUGAUGAGAGGGUUGUCAGCCGCAGGCCGGGUCAAUAUAGAGCCCAUUCCCCCCAAGCAGACGACAGCCUGCAAUGAGUCCCGCUUGCAGUGGGAGGUGGAGGUUUGUGGAGAGGACUUCAAGCAGGACAUGGCUCAUAUAGAUCCACAGUACUGGUGUAACCUCACAUACUUCAUCAGUGAAUACCACUUCUUCACCCUCUGCACAGAGAAUAGGUCCCACAUCCUCCAGUGCUACUGGCCCAAUCCACUGGUGGAGGGCUACAUCAUCCACAUACACAAGCAUUUUUUCUCCAACUGCACAAUGCCGCAGGUAGUAUGGGUGGACCCACCAGAUGACAUGCUGGUCAUCCUUAUCCUCAUCCCCAUUUUCCUCACAUUUGCCAUGAUUGCCCUGGUGGUCUGGUGCAGCAGGAGGAGUGAUAUCCUGGCCUAGAAGGAGAUAAGAAUGGAAAAGGAUGAAGAACAACUGAGUUUGAGGCCCCAGUCUUGAUAUGGGUGAUUGUUUUAUUUGGUCAACUUAUUCCAUGCAUGACAAAGGAAAUCUGCAAACUGCCUCAACUGUGUGUGGGAACUGCAAAGAUUUCACUGUUUGCGAUAUCUGCCUAUGGUUCUUUUAAAAGUAACAAAAUUUACCCAUGAGCACCUCUAAAGCUGACUAUAGCAACAACUGAACAGCAACUUGCUAUGUUAUCAUGUUAUAUGCCAGGCAAUUUCUUGGUAUAAGUCAUCCAGGGAAUCAGUCCAAGGAAUCAAUGUAAUGUUAUGUGAUAAAUAGUGAGCUGUUUCCUGCUGCUUCCAAUCUUUAUGCUAAGCAAAGCUAAUCAAAUGCUAACUUUAGCUACAUAUUUAUUGUGCAAAUUGGCUUAUGUUCCAAAAUAUCACACUUAUCUGACAUUGUAUUUCUUUUUGAUAUAUAUCAGGUAAUCUUUAAAAGGUGGCACAUGGUGAAUAUUUUCUGUUUGACAUAGGCCAAACAAUGAGAAUGAUGUAUCAAACACAGAGCGGGUGAUGGUAGUGUGAUGCUGGCAUGACUUACCAGGUUUCAUGAACUUGGCACCACUUGACUUUCCAAAUGUGACUAAGAAGCUUGACUGUACAAUUGACCAACUCUUAUGGAAUUUGUGAAUUCACCUGUGACUGUAGAUUAUUGUCAGAGCAUUGCAAAGUUGCUGAAAGCAAAGUAUCCAGAAUGCAUUAGAGGCAGUGAGUGGACUCUAAACUGGUGGGGAAAAAAGAGUCCUGCCGACGCUUCUGUUAAGUAUUUAGCAUGAUAAUAUACAAUGGCUUGGAAGGAUGAAAAACUGUCUGUAUGUUUCAGAUAUUUUAGGACUUGAAUGACGUUUGUGGCUCCCUGAGCCCCAGUAGACCAUUGUAUAACAAUGAAAUUUAUCACAUAUAGUGGAAUAAAUUGGUGUUAAUACUCACAAAGAAGAGUUCUCAAAGGAAACAAACUAUGAACUGAAUGGUGAGUACAGUAUGUAUAUAUAUACUUUGUAUAUAUAAACAUCAGUGGUGGGCCAUCAGGGCCAGCAAGGCGUUCUCUGCU